AUGAGCAUUCUAGAGCUUACAACAUACUCAAACGAUUUCGCAGAUGAAGGCACCUAUGCGGCCGGCUUUGUCCAGUACAUGCCUCCGUUGUUGAUCCAACGCUUCAUCCUCAAUCUCCGUCAGCUUAACCCCACCGCUCAGGCCAGUGAAAAUAACUCGGACGCCCGACACUUUUCGCGCUUCUCUGUCAACUUCAGGGUACCCUCCGAUUUCCUCGGGAAUAUUGGCGAGUCUCUGGACCAUGGUUCAUCAGAGCCACUGGGAGCCGAAGAAGACAGUGACGACAGUCAGUGUGAGGCAAGGCAGCCGCAGGGCGGACUCGAUGAGGGUCUCGAAGGUCAGGCGGGCCCGUCGAAUACGCGCCGAGAAGAACCGACACAAGCCAGUAUUGUUUCGGUGCCGCGAUACACCGGACGGGAGAUUGAAGGAGACGACUUCAGGUCGUCUGCUCCUCCGCGCGCGAUGAUGAUCGGAUCUUCUAUGGUUGCACACUAG